ACGAAAAUUAUAGCAAGCUAGUGCAUCCAUACUCACCCGCAGUAAAGCACGGAACUGAACUCUCCAUCUUGCUGUGAUUUUGGGGAACCACCCUUGCGUUACGAUGCCGAUUCUCACACGCCAGCUGUUCACAAAACUCUCCCAAAUCUCUUUUGUUGUUAUAUAUACUUUUUCUCUCUCACUAUUACUUUACUACCAUACACUUUCUCCUCACUAUCCUUUUUUUUCUUCAGUUUUUAAUUUCACCCUUACCUCAUUCUCUUUUUUAUUCAUUUCUCAGUAUCAUGUAAACGAACCUUUACCGGGUUUACUACUGAACGGUGCUGAUUCGGUUAGAUCGAUCUCGAUUUCCGCGUUAAUCGGCCAUGGAGAUCCGUGCCGAUGCAGAAACUAGUUCGUUUUCUUCAAGUUUGUUUGCGGCAGUUUCGUAUGGAUUUGCUUCAAUGGCGAUGGUUUUUAUCAAUAAAGCUGUUCUUAUGCAGUAUUCGUAUUCAAUGACUUUACUCACUUUGCAGCAACUAGUUACUACUUUGCUUAUACACUUUGGUCGAAAAAUGGGAUACACAAGAGCUAGAGGAGUGGAUAUGGAAACGGCCAAGCAACUGUUCCCGGUUUCAUUUUUCUAUAAUGCCAAUGUUGCAUUUGCUUUGGCCAGUUUGAAAGGAGUCAACAUCCCAAUGUAUAUUGCAAUAAAGAGGCUUACUCCGCUUGCUGUACUUAUCGCCGGAUGUUUCAUGGGGAAGGGGAGACCUACAACUCAGGUGACUCUCUCAGUGAUAUUGACUGCUGCUGGAGUUCUAAUAGCAGCCCUUGGAGAUUUUUCCUUUGACCUUUUUGGAUAUAGCUUGGCUUUCAUUUCUGUUUUCUUCCAGACUAUGUACCUUGUGCUGGUGGAAAAAUCUGGUGCUGAGAAUGGACUUUCAUCAGUGGAAAUCAUGUUCUACAACAGUUUUUUAUCUCUUCCAUUUUUGAUGUUUCUUAUUAUAGCCACAGGGGAAUUCCCAUAUUCUUUAUCUGUAUUAUUUGCAAAGAGUUAUUCUUUUUCGUUUUUGUUGAUCCUUAUUCUUUCAUUGGUGAUGGCCAUUGUUCUCAACUUCACCAUGUUCUUGUGCACUAUUGUUAAUUCUGCUUUAACUACAACUAUUGUGGGCGUUCUUAAAGGAGUUGGUUCCACGACCUUUGGUUUCUUCUUACUGGGUGGUGUUCAAGUCCAUGCUUUGAAUGUAUCUGGAUUGGUUAUCAAUACGGCUGGUGGCGUGUGGUACUCAUAUGCUAAGUAUCAACAGAAAAAAAGUAAGACAGUGAAGCUAGUUACAGACGUGGAGACUCAUCGUAAAUAGAAAUGGUGUUGAUGACUUACAGCGAAAACUAACAGUUGCAUAAAUGUUUCUUUUUCUUUAAAUUGAUAUUCUAGUUGUGUAUUUGUAUUCGUAAUUCUCUCUUUCUCUAA